CUCGAAACCGACAACGAGACAGGCGGUGCGAUGUGGUUUGGCGUCAACCCGCUGCGCUGGAAUCGCCCCGUCGGCGUCCGGCCGCGCACCAAGCGGGCCCGCGUGCCGACAGCGGCAGCAUCGUCGUCGCUCACGCCAGUGGUGCCCAUCGCCAACCAGCCCGCGUCGUCCGAUCCCACGGUCCUCGCAUCGUCCUCGUCCUCGUCCUCUUCAACGCGAUUGGUAUCCGCGGCCGAGACGCCGGAUCUCGGAAAAUGCGUCUCGCAGACGCUCUACGGGCAUGCGGGUGGUGUCUGUGCGCUCCUCGCCUCGGACGAUCGGUACAUUGUCUCGUGCUCGAUCGACAUGACGCUUCGCAUUUGGUCGCGCGGCUCGUUCAACUGCCACCACGUGCUCAAAGGGCACAAGGACGUCGUUUGCGCGGUGGCUCUCUCCAAAGAGCACCUGCUCUCGGGCUCACACGACCACACGAUUGGCGUCUGGCUCUGCGCCAAGGACUUCCGCCUCCGGAAACGCCUCGACGGUCAUGGCGGGCACGUCACCAAGGUCGCUUUCGUCAACGCCGUGACCGCGCUGAGUGCCUCCGAAGACCACACGCUGCGGCUCUGGGACCUCCAGGCGUAUGUCUGCCUCCGCGUGCUGGCAGGUCACCGCGGGUACGUGUCGUGCUGGCUCCUCCUCCUUCCAACGCUACGCUGCUGGAGCGGCGCCUCAGACGCAUCGCUCAUGGUAUGGUCGCUGGAGCAGGAGGCUAUCGGCGCGCCAUUGCACACGUUUCCGAGCUACCACCGCAAGACCGUGCAGAGCAUUCUGCAAGUUGACGAUGAUGUCGUUGCGAGCGCCUCGAACGAUGGCACGAUCCACCUCUUCGAUGCGGCGACCUUGCAUCUGCUGCGCACGAUCGACGCUGGCGUUGCCAUCUACCAGCUCCAAGUUUCCGCCGCCGGGCACCUUGUCGCCUCCACGGGCCAUGGCCAACUCUUUGUCUAUUGCAACGCAGCACAUAAUACCAAGAGCGAGCGAUCACAGCAAGCCACCAAUAGCGUUGCACUGCAGACGUCGCAGUGGAUCCCGCAUCUCAAAGUCUGCGGCCGCUUUGCCGCGUGCGUCGCCGAGAGCACCGUGUACGUAGUCGACCUCGAGACACUCGACGUCGUCGCACGCACCGAUACGCAGCAAGGGCUCAUCCAUGCGAUCGAGUGGCUCAACACCGUGUCGCUUCUCGCGUGUGGCAAGGACGGUGUCAUCAAAGCGAUCAAGUUCCCACACCUGCCGCUGUAGCACCCUCGUUGACUUACAAAAUG